AGUAUCCUUACCUUAGAACAUUUUAUUUUCAACAGGCUGUCUUUGAUGCUGAUGAUAAAAUAACUGACAUAGUUGCACGGUGGCCCGGUUCAACGCAUGACAGCCGGAUAUUGACAGAAAGCGGACUGCACCGCUUAAUGGAGGGGAAUAAUCUGCCAGCCGGCGCUCAUCUCCUCGGAGACAGCGGAUACCCCUCAAAGAGGUGGCUCCUGACACCCUACCUCAGACCACAACCCGGUCACAAGACAAAUUACAACAGAUCACAUAAGAGAACAAGAAGUUCAGUGGAGAGAGGAUUUGGUCAGCUGAAAAGAAGGUUCAGUGUCCUUCAUGGGGAGAUGAGACUUUCACCUGAGAGAGCAUGCAAAGUCAUCACUGCAUGUGCUGUAUUGCAUAAUAUUUGCAAAACCAGGGAUAUUCCUCUUCCAUAUCUUGAUGGCAACCACAGGGUCAACCCUCCCCCACAAAAUGGACAACUAGUUCUGCCUGCACAGGGUAUCAUGGGAGUUCGAUACCGGGAACAGUUCGCAAUUACAAACUUUCCUUAGCAUGAAGUGGAUGAAGUGUGGCUGAGGCAGCUGAGGCAGCUGAGGUUGUGGUGGGACCUGUUGAUAAAGCUGAGUUGACUGAGGUGAUGAACUUGGAAUGUGAAAUACCUGUGUUGGUUCACAAACUUGUUCACAAAAUCUGCAAUGGAUAAAGAAUGUGAAAUUGAAAUACAGAAUUAAUAAAAUAAUGAAGUGUAA